GGCGAACUACGUGAGUCAGUGGCAUCUUCACAUGGAUCUUCCAUUCCCCAAUCGCUGGAAAAAAAUCUGUAUUCAAUCGUGAUAAGAUAAUCCCCUAAAAUCAAAGGGUUAGUCAUCAACACUAAGAGAAUUAAUACCCCCUCCAGGAUUAUAUCACGUCAUGCGUCAUGAAUAUGAAGGAAUAAUUACAAGAAUGACUGCGACUCAGUGCACAACUUCCAUAAAAUGACUUGCAGUUGAAUGCUAAUGAGCAUUAUCACUCCAGACCGAUAAAUUUCAUCAUUCAAACGGGGGAAAAAAUCAGUGCAUAUAUCAGUUAUCUACUAUGUUGUUGACACUAUUCUACAUGAUAUCAACAUGGGUACAAUCGUGGAGACUUUCAUCUCUGAAGGCUCGUAUAACAGCUGCCCUAAACCUUGGUCUCGAUGCAAGACCAUCAAUUAUGUUUUAUAUAAAACAGGAUUUCACCAAAGAUGACACAUGUAAAAAUCCUGGUGUCAGUGGUAAUGGUCAAGAUUUACUGACUUCUCAAUUGUGUCGUAAUAAAACUGCAGCAAAACUUGGUGAUCUUCUUUGGUGCCAAGGUGACAAGAGACUGUGCACCAUUUAUCCACUGCAAAUAAUUGACGUCAACGACUGGCUGCUCUACCCCUUCGGUCACACAACCUUCCCCCUCUACAUGAACAACAACGGUCACUCAUUGAUCACCGAGGAUUCGAAGAUGCAUGUGUUGAUCGAGGCUGAAAUCAAUCACUUCCACCCAAACGCCUUCACAAAAAUCGUAAAGCUCGAGGACUACGGUUUGAUCGUCGCCUGGACAGUGGAUAAGACCUUCGCUUUGAUAAUCGAGACCGAUCUCGAUCACAUGACAAAGCUGUCAAUAGCCCUGAUGCAGAGCCAGUGCUUCAUGAACAACGGAUUUCCCCUGAUGAGAAUCGAGUCAGUGGAGGUGUCUGGAAGGCCCUGCAGCUACAACCUGGGGAGCACCGUCCUCCAGGACAAGAAACUUGUCGGUAAAGCCCAGUUCGAGGCUCACGUAAGUCGCCUGCAGCACUUCAGCAGCACAGCUAGACACGUCGCCCAGCAGAGAAAGCCAUUCGAAAUUGACAAUGUACCUGGUGUAAUAAUAUCCCCUGGGAACAAUCCCCUGACCCUGCAGAUGCCCACCGUACUCGAGAUGAACCCACCCCCAGGUGAGGAUCUGACCGAUCCGUAUGUUCCGGCAGAAACCGAGGGACGUAUCACUCCCUCAACACCACCUCCCACACCAGCAGUCUUCAGGGAGGCGAAUCAGACCACUAACACCCUGGAUAACGUCUCCCUCGCCCUCACCAACAGCAUCUCAACCAGUCAGCCACACCUCAACGUCCAGAACAAUCGAGCUAAUCCACUGAAUCCAAUGAUUCCAGUCAAUGAAUCCCUCCCAUCUCCAGUCACCUCGACAGUUCCGAGAUCGUUCUCUUCUGAUUCUCAUCUGGAUGCGCCCACGGAGACGUCCAGGUACUCCCCCAGGCGAGAUAAAUCUCAGGUGAAUAGGUCAGAGUUUGAUGUCUCCGUGAAGCCACCCAACGUUCUGAUUCACGCAGACAGUGAAAUAGCAAGGGAUAAUAUCAAAUCCAUGCUGGAGUCAACUCUGAAUAGAAAUAAAUACACAAUUUACAAUCUGAGUGCUGAGGAGGCGAGGAAGGACGCCUGGGUGGGCCAGACACACCUCGUCGUCGUGUGUGGAAAUGUCGAUGGAGAGAUAAGCUCCCAGUUGCUGGAGUAUCUUGUCAAAGGGGGAAAACUCUUGACACUUUGCUCGGAUGCUCUCCAUUCCCUUCUCCCUUCCUUCAAAACUGCUGAAGUCAGGGAACACGAGCUCGCGAGGUUCUCCUAUGGCAGGUGGAGAAACGUCAGGAUGAUGCAUCACAUAUUUUGCUAUCAGGCCUCACCUGUGAAAUCCAGGUUUUCUCAGGAUCAUGAGGAUGGUAAGGUCAGUGCACCACAGCCACCAGUCUCAGCAAACGUUAGGGACAAGGCGGGGAGGAGUCAUACGUUCCAUGUGAAGGUCCUGGGGACUGAGGAGACCUGGCAUACACCCAGUAUUGUUCUUGCUGAUCUGCUCAGCUCAGGGGGAAAGGCUGUAUUCUCUCAGAUUCAUCUGGAAGCUGAUCCCUCGCAGUAUGAAGACCAGGAGGACAAGUUCAAGGCGCUCAAGGAGAGCAAUCAGGCCAGAUUGGAGAUCAUUGGGGAUCUCCUGGCUACUCAUCUGGGGAUGGAUGUCAAUGCUGACAUCGAGGCGCCGGUUUUUACCUCGGGGUUUUUUCUUGGGAGACAUGAGCUGAAACUAGAGAUGCUGGAGGGAUUAAAAGAUAAAAUAGAGAACGACAUUCUGGAGACGUCAAAGAUAAAACUACAGUUCUGCGGAGCUACAACCAAAGCUGUUCCUGCCUCAUCAUCAAUUCUGCCAAUUAUGCUGCAUCAGUGUCCUGAAAAUUUCUCCACUAUUGAGUAUUUCGAGAAUCUGAGAACGAAGGAACUGGGUCGUCUCGUCAUUUAUGGAGACGUAAUGACAUCGUCGAUGCACGUAGUCGCUGGUCAUCAGCUGCAUCACGGAUUAGUAGUUAUUCCUCGUCAACAAACACAGGGACAAGGUCGCAAUAAAAAUGUAUGGCUCAGUCCCAUAGGCUGUGCGAUGUUCACGAUGCAGAUUCAUGUGCCUGUGAAUUCUUACAUUGGUAGACAUCUGUCAAUAAUUCAACACCUGGUAGCUGCUGCCCUUGUCUCAGCGGUUAAAUCUAGACCUGGGUAUCAGGAUAUUGACGUGAGACUGAAAUGGCCAAACGAUUUUUACGCUGGGUCUCAGACUAAAAUUGGUGGACUAAUCGUGACGUCUUCUAUGCAGUCAUCAAAAGUAAUUUGUGAUAUCGGCUUGGCAAUUAAUCUUUCUAACAGCCUUCCUACGCGUUGCGUAAACGACGUGAUCAAGCAAUACAAUGAGAAACAUAAAACAAAAUUAGCACCUCUCACUUACGAACAUUUCCUUGCAAUUGUCUUCAAUGAAUUGGAGAGUCUCUACAAUAUUGUUCAAGAGGGAAAUGUGGCGCAUUUCUACAAUCUUUAUUACGAAUACUGGCUGCAUACAGAUGCAGAAGUCAGUGUAAUAUCCGCCGAUGAUACAAAGCAAGAAGUGAAAAUCAUUGGAAUCGACAAUUUUGGAUUUCUAGAAUGUGAAGAUAAAAAGGGAAAGAUUUUCACAGUCCAGCCAGACGGAAACAGUUUCGAUAUGCUAGCAGGAUUGAUAGCCCCAUCUCCAACAAGAUAAUCGAUAGGAUCGAAUGAAAAGAGGGAGCAACAGAACAAAAAUCAAAAGCCAUAAUAAUUAAGCCAUAUUAAGUUAUUUAUCAUGUGUCGUAGUAUCAUUCCAAUAGGAUAAUUCCACGACAUUUUACAUUAGGCUGUUAUAAUUUAAUUCUACGAACGUUCCAGCAGCUAUUCAAUGCUUCCGCCAACGGCCAUACGACGCUUACCAUUAAUUACUGAAUGUUAAGAGCACGUCGAGUUGUCUUGUACAAAGUUACGACCAAAGAUAUGUAUUCGUUCUAAGUGAUAGCUCAGUCUGCAGCCAUAUCUAUUACUGUUCUUAUUUAUUAAAGGGGGGUUGUAUUACUAGCGAGGUGAUAAAGUAGUUUAGUUGAUAAAUUGUUAAUUUUUUUUGAUAGAUUCUUUUCCUAAUAGAUGGGCAGAAAAACUAUCAGGUUUCUUCUGUAAACAAAUCUAUCCCAUCAAAAUGCUGCAAAGGUGCAUAACAUGAAAGAAUAUGGUGCACAAAAUAGUUUGUUCAAAUAGAAUUAAAACAGCAAUAUGAAGUGAAUAUUACGGACAUUUUCUGGGUUUUUCAUUAUUUUCUCGUGUGAUCAUUCGUCUCCAUUCAACGGGUUCGUUUUCUUCGGUUUGUUCUUGCGGUAGUGAUGGAGAGUAAACUGAGACUUUAUUUUCUCCCUUCAGAUGUGCUAUCAAGAAUUAAACAUUGUUAUACAACAUUACCUUGAAGUACGAGGAUGGUCUACUACAGUUCACCCGUUUUGAGACUAAUAUAUAAGUGUCAAUUUUAUAUAAUCUAGUGGAUCUGUUGAAUCAAAAUGUCGAAAUUUAUCUCACAUGUCUAUUAAAUGUUGUCUGUUGAAACACUAUUUUUUCUUCAUUGGCUGAAUAUGAAAACGGUCCUUUUAGGGAGUACUUACGAUUUACCUGAAUAAACAUAACAGUCAGUACAA